AUGGAAAUUACAGAACCGGUAAGUUGGCUGGCCGUCAAGGCUGCUGUGACCCUUGUUGGUCUUUUUGUUGCUAGAUCGAUAACACAAUGGCUAUACCGCGGAUACAAAAUACGCAAGCAAGUCAAAGACGUGGCAGCUCAGGGCAUCGCGAUUCUACCGCACUCAUGGCUCCUUGGACAUCUCACUUUCAUUGGGGACUAUCGUCGCACACAUCCGAAAGACGCCAACACAUUCACCAUGUACACAUGGAUUUUGGACAAUUUUGAAACGCUCUUCCCAGGGGAGAAGACAGUCCCGCCAGUUAUCUAUCUCGACGUAUGGCCUAUAACAAGCUCAGCCUUGAUCGUAUCCACACAUCCAGCUGUAUCGGCACAAUUUACGCAAAUUCAGAGCUUGCCGAAGGCAAAGAUAGGCCGCGACUUCUUGAAGCCUCUGACGAAUAACAGAGACAUUGUCUCUACUGAAGGAGAUGAAUGGAAAACAUGGAGAACCCGUCUGAACCCUGGAUUUAGUUCUCGGAAUGUAGCCGCACUACUUCCAGAGCUGGUCGAAGAGGUUCUAGUCUUCGUCGAUGAACUGAGGAAGCUUUCUGGAAACAACGGGGCGUGGGGACCGGUCUUCCAGCUCGAGGAAAAAACUACAAAUCUAACUUUCGACGUCAUUGCGCGAGCUACAAUCGAUACACGUCUUCACGAGCAGACUCGCAAGACGGGAAGCCCCCUGAAAACAGCUCUGCUCGACCAAGCUGAGCAGAUGGGCAAAGCCGCCAACGCAAGUCGCGGUAUCAUUCACGCUUUCACACCUUGGGCUUCGUCUUCCAUUGGGAUGAACAAUAAAGCGAUGUACGAUUUCUUCAUGCCAAAGGUCCAGGACAGAUUGGCUUCCGGGUCACAAAGUAGCCGUAAGCGCACUAUUGUCGAUCUAGCCCUGAAGCACUUCGACGAGGAAGAUGGGCAGGGUACUCUCCCGCCAGACGCAGAGUUCCUGGAUAAGCUGUUAAGUAACCUGAAGGCAUUCGUCUUUGCGGGCCAUGAUACGACUGCGACGACAAUCUGCUGGAUGUUCAAAUGCCUCCAAGAUCACCCGGAUUGCCUUGCGAAGAUGAGGGAAGAGCAUGCUUCCGUACUGGGCCCCGACACAGAGAAGGCGCAUGAGGUCAUCCUGGCUGCGCCUCAUCUUUUGUACGCGUUGCCAUACACACAAGCCGUCAUCAAGGAGACUCUGCGACUGUACCCUCUAGUGGCGGCACUUCGCGAUGGCAGUCCAGAGUUCUUUUUGACUGCGCCUGGCUCCUCGUUUCGGUACCCUACUGAUGGUUUCUCAAUGUGGGACGGCGUCUCUAUCAUCCAAAGACGGCCCGACCUCUGGCCACGCGGCAAGGAGUUCGUUCCCGAGAGAUGGCUUGUGCCCGAGGGCGACCCGAUGCGUCCUCUCAAAGACACUUGGAGCCUUUCGCAAUGGGACUGA